CGAACCGAGCCGAGGAGAGGAACCGAGCGCAGCCGAACCGAGCCGAGCGGGGCCGAACUGAGCUGGACUGAGCCGAGGAGAGGAACCGAGCCGGGCCGAGCGCAGCCGAGUGAGGCCGAACUGAGCCGAGGAGCCGAACAGAGCCGGGCCGAACGCAGCCGAGUGAGGCCGAGCGCAGCCGAACCGAGCUGAGGAGCCGAACCGAGCCGGGCCGAGCGGAGACGAGUGAGGCCGAACCGACCCGAGUACAGCCGUACAGAGCCGAACCGGGCCGAGCAGCCGAACCGAGCCGGGCCGAGCGCAGCCGAGCGAGGCCGAGCGCAGCCUAACUGAGCCGAGCAGCCGAACCGAGCCGGGCCGAGCGCAGCCGAACGAGGCCGAGUGCAGCCGAACCGCUUCGUUUCCUCGCCGUUCCCCACGGGCGAGCUGCGUGCCACCAUGGCGUCCCGCAUCGGGCUGCGGAUGGAGCUGAUGAAGCAGCAGGCGCAGCAGGAAGCGGAGCGGGAGCGGGUGCAGCAGCAGAUGAUGAUGAGCUACAUGCAGCAGCAGCGCAUGCCCGUGGCCUCCAGCCCCGCCAUCAACACCCCCGUCCACUUCCAGUCCCCGCCGCCCGUGCCCGGAGAGGUGCUCAAGGUGCAGUCCUACCUGGAGAACCCCACCACCUACCACCUGCAGAAGUCUCGGGACAAGAAGGUGCAGGCGUACCUGUCGGAAACCUACGGGAACAAGUUCGCUGCCCACGUCAGCCCCGCCAGCCACUCCCCGAAGCCGCCCCCGGCCGCGUCCCCCGGCGUCCGGCCCGGCCACGUCCUGUCCUCCUCGGCGGGCAACAGCGCCCCCAACAGCCCCAUGGCCAUGCUCAACAUCGGCUCCAACCCCGAGCGCGAGUUCGAUGAGGUCAUCGAUGACAUCAUGCGGCUGGAUGAUGUUUUGGGCUACAUGAACCCCGAAGUGCACAUGCCCAACACGCUGCCCAUGUCCAGCAGCCACAUGAAUGUCUACAGUGGGGACCCGCAGGUGACGGCGUCGCUCGUCGGUGUCACCAGCAGCUCCUGCCCCGCCGAGCUCACCCAGAAGAGAGAGCUCACAGACGCCGAGAGCCGUGCCCUGGCCAAGGAGCGCCAGAAGAAAGACAAUCACAACCUGAUCGAGAGGCGGCGAAGGUUCAACAUCAACGACCGCAUCAAGGAGCUGGGAAUGCUGAUCCCCAAAGCCAACGACCUGGACGUGCGCUGGAACAAGGGGACGAUCCUGAAGGCGUCGGUGGAUUACAUCAAGCGGAUGCAGAAGGACCUGCAGAGGUCCCGGGACCUGGAGAACCACUCGAGGCGCCUGGAGAUGACCAACAAGCAGCUGCUGCUCCGCAUCCAGGAGCUGGAGAUGCAGGCACGCGUCCAUGGGCUGCCCACCUCCUCUCCCUCGGGCGUCAACGUGGCCGAGCUGGCCCAGCAGGUGGUCAAGCAGGAGGCCAGUGGGGAUGAGGGGAGCCUGGAGCCGCUGCUGCCCCCCCAGGACCCCGAGUCUCAGGCUCAGCCGGCGCUGCCCGCGCCCCCCCAGUCUCCCUUCCACCAGCUGGACUUCAGCCACAGCCUCAGCUUCGACGACGGCUCCCAGGGCUUCCCCGACAGCCUGGAGCCCGGGCACAGCUCCUCCUUCCCCUCCCUGUCCAAGAAGGAGCUGGACUUGAUGCUGAUGCAGGACACCAUGCUGCCCCUGGCCUCUGACCCCUUGUUCUCAGCCAUGUCCCCCGAGGCCUCCAAGGCCAGCAGUCGCCGCAGCAGCUUCAGCAUGGAGGACACGGACAUGCUGUGAUGGGCUGGGCC